UGUGUUAAUUUAACCAAAUUUAAUAAACCACCAAUCAGAUUUGUUCUUAAGUACAUACAUAGACUAGUUUAAUUGGAAUUCAUUGAUUUAUUCUACCAUUCUCAAUAUUCUCUCUUAUAUUUCAUUAAACUAAACAAGUCCCAACACAAAAACAAAAAAAUGGAGUACAACAUGACCAAUCUCAUAUUCUUUUCAACAAGAUGGCUGUAUUCCCAUUUAUGGUUCUCAGAUAUAGCAAUUGGGCUCUUCCUCAUCUUCAUCAUUAACUCCAUACUUCUAAGAUUCACCAUAAAAGGUCCUAUGAUAUGGCCCGUUUUUGGGAUACUUCCAACGAUCGCCUUACACGUAUCCAAUCUUUACGAAUGGGGAAGCAAUGCUUUGAUCAAAUAUGGAGGAACCUUUUACUAUAGAGGUAUGUGGAUGGGUGGUACUUUUGGGAUUGUCACAAGUGAUCCUGUGAAAAUCGAAUACAUGCUCAAGACAAAUUUCAAAAACUUUCCAAAAGGGACAGCUUAUAGAGAAAGAUUUUACGACUUUCUUGGAGAUGGAAUCUUUAACGCUGACGAUGAGUUGUGGAGGAUGCAGCGUCGUGUGGCUAACUCCGAAAUGCAUUCGACUCGCUUCACGCAAUUCUCCAUAGACUCCGUCAAAAAACUGGUGCAUGACAAGUUGUUGAAGGUUUUAGAGGCGAAAAAAGGGGGCGUUAUUGAUUUGCAAGAUGUGUUGCUUCGUUUUACUUUUGACAACACCUGCGCAGUGGCAUUUGGUGUCGAUUCAGGGUGUUUAGAAGUUGAAUUACCAGAAACUCCCUUCGCGAAGGCAUUCGAGAAAGUGACUUUUGCAAGUUUGAUGAGGUUCUUGAUCCCUCACUACUGGUGGAAGCCAAUGAAGUUUUUCAAAUUAGGAUUUGAAAAAACAUUGCAUGAGGCAGUAAAAGUUGUGCAUGAUUUUUCUGAGAAAACAGUAAGAGAAAGAAAGAUGGAAUUAUUAUCCAACAAAGAAGGCAUAAAUGGUACUUCAAGGUGUGAUCUAUUGUCAAGGCUUAUCAUAAUGGAACAAGAUAAACAAGAAGUGUUUUUUACUGAUAAAUUACUUCAAGAUUUUUGCAUAAGUUUCAUCUUAGCAGGUAGAGACACAAGCUCAGUGGGAUUAUCAUGGUUUUUCUGGUUGAUUACCAAAAACCCAUCAGUAGAAACACGAAUUCUCCAAGAGAUCCGCAACAUCUUACAACAACGCGAAAAACCUUACAAAGAAAAUCAAGAAAACAUAGUAUUUACAGAAGAUGAACUGAAGAAAAUGACGUAUCUACAAGCAGCAAUAUCCGAAUCCUUACGUUUGUACCCUCCGGUCUCAUUUGACCACAAAGAGCCAAAGGAAGACGACGUUUUCCCAGAUGGGACCCUUAUCCGAAAGGGUGCACGAGUUGUCUACUGCAUGUAUGGCAUGGCUAGGAUGGAGAGCUUAUGGGGAAAAGAUUGUUGCGAGUUUAGGCCCGAAAGGUGGAUCAAAGAUGGCGAAUUCACGAGUGAAAGUCAGUUCAAGUAUACAGUGUUUAACGGAGGUCCACGGCUGUGUGUAGGCAAAAAGUUUGCAUAUAUGCAAAUGAAAAUGGUGGUUGCUUCUAUUCUAUUAAGGUAUACACUAAAACUGGUUGAAGGUCAUAAGGUUACUCCAAAAAUUAACACUACACUUUACAUGAAGCAUGGACUAUUGGUCACCAUGGAGCCUAGGCCAAAGUUUCUAGAUUGAUGUUAGAUUUAGUUUUUACAUCAUGGGGUCCUUUCUUCUUCUUUAUUGUAAUGGUUAUGAACUUACUUGUAUUUUUAGUUAGGGUUCAAUGUCACACAUGUAUGUGAGAUAUAAUGAAAUUUAUGUUGAUUCAUGUCAGAUUUCAAUUUUAA